GAGAGGAACUCCGCGGAGAGAUAGGAUAAUCUUGUUCCCUUUGUUCAGACCUCCUGUAUCCAAAGCAGAAGAUGGCCUGGGGUCUACUUUUGCACUGUGCAGCCCUCCUAGUUGCCCUUGGCAGAGCUUUGAAGAGUGAUCGAUGUGGUGAAAACAUAAAAAUUUUAGAGCCUGGAUAUCUCACCUCUCCUGGCUAUCCUAAUAGUUAUCAUCCAAGUCAAAAAUGUGAAUGGUUGAUUCAGGCUCCUCAACCUCACCAGAGGAUUAUGAUCAACUUCAACCCACACUUUGAUUUAGAGGACAGAGAAUGCAAGUACGAUUAUGUUGAAGUGAUUGAUGGAGACAGUGCAAAUGGGCGAGUGUGGGGAAAGUUUUGUGGCAAAAUUGCCCCCCCACCUGUGAUAUCUACAGGACCAUACCUCUUAAUCAAGUUUGUCUCUGAUUAUGAAACUCAUGGAGCAGGCUUCUCCAUUCGCUAUGAAAUUUUUAAAAGAGGACCAGAAUGCUCCAGAAAUUUCACAUCUAUGACUGGAAUGAUCAAAUCACCAGGAUUCCCUGAAAAAUAUCCCAACAGCCUUGAAUGUACUUACAUUAUCUUUGCACCAAAGAUGUCAGAGAUUAUCCUGGAAUUUGAAAGCUUUGAACUGGAACCAGAUACAAAUCCACCCGGAGGUGCAUUCUGCCGUUACGAUCGUUUGGAAGUCUGGGAGGGUUUCCCAGAAGUUGGUCCUCACAUUGGGCGAUAUUGUGGACAAAACACACCUGGUCGUGUACUGUCAUCAACUGGCAUUCUCUCCAUGGUUUUCUAUACCGACAGUGCAAUAGCAAAAGAAGGCUUCUCUGCAAACUACACUGUGGUCCACAACAAUGUUCCAGAAGAUUUCCAAUGCAUGGAACCACUUGGCAUGGAAUCUGGUGAAAUUCAUUCUGACCAGAUUACUGCCUCUUCCCAAUAUAACCCCCAGUGGUCAUCUGAAAGGUCCCGUUUAAAUUAUCCUGAGAAUGGAUGGACGCCUGAAAUUGAUUCUACUAGAGAAUGGAUACAGGUAGACAUAGGCGUUCUCCGCUUUGUAUCUGCCAUUGGGACUCAAGGAGCAAUCUCAAAAGAAACAAAAAAAAUGUAUUUUCUGAAAAUAUAUCGAGUAGAUAUUAGUUCCAAUGGAGAAGAUUGGAUAUCCAUUAAAGAUGGAAAUAAUAAACCUUUGUUAUUCAUGGGGAACACCAACCCAACUGACAUUGCUUAUAGAUCUCUUCCCAAGCCAGUUCUCACACGUUUUGUUCGAAUCAAGCCUGUAAACUGGGAAACUGGGAUAUCACUGAGAUUGGAAAUUUAUGGCUGUAAAAUUACCGAUUAUCCUUGCUCUGGCAUGCUAGGUAUGGUGUCUGGACUCAUCGCUGACUCUCAGAUUACAGCAUCAAAUGAACUGGAUCGGAAUUGGGUGCCAGAAAACGUCCGUCUUAUAACAAGCCGUAUAGGAUGGGCAUUGCCACCCCCAGAUGGUCAUACAUACACAAAAGAAUGGCUUCAAAUAGACCUUGGUGAAGAAAAGAUAAUUCGGGGCAUAAUAGUCCAGGGAGGUAAACACAGAGAAAACAAGGUCUUCAUGAGAAAAUUUAAAAUUGAAUAUAGCUACAAUGGAUCAGACUGGAAAUGGAUUAUGGAUGCCAGUAAAAAGAAAGCCAAGAUUUUUGAAGGCAACACCAACUAUGAUACUCCUGAACUUCGCACUUUUGACCCCUUGACAACCAGAUUCAUCCGUGUUUAUCCAGAAAGAGCCACCCAUGCUGGAUUGGGACUAAGGUUGGAACUGCUGGGCUGUGAAAUUGAAGUCCCUACUUCAGUCCCAACCAUUGCUGAUACCAUUCCUGUAGAUGAGUGUGAUGAUGACCAAGCCAACUGCUACAGUGGAACAGGUGAUGACUUCCAUUUGACAGGGAGUACCACUGCUACGAUCACAGAAAAACCAGUACCAACUGAUACUACAGUUCAGCCAGAACUUCCAGCAUAUGGUUUCAACUGUGGAUUUGGCUACAGUUCUCAAAAGACGAUCUGUCGCUGGGAACAUGAUGCCCAGUUGGAUUUGAGAUGGGCAGUCCUUACCAGCAAAACAGGGCCCAUUCAGGACCACACAGGAGAUGGCAAUUUUAUUUAUUCCCAAGCUGAUGAAAACCAGAAAGGCAAAAUUGUCCGCCUCAUCAGCCCUAUCAUCAAUCUGCAAAAUUAUGCCCUUUGCAUGACUUUCUGGUAUCAUAUAUCGGGCCCUCACGUCGGCACACUAAGAAUCAAACUGCGGUACCAGAUACCUAAAGAAUACGAUCGGGUCUUAUGGACACCAAAUGGAAAUCAGGGAAACUGCUGGAAGGAAGGCCGGGUUUUUCUCCACAAAUCUGUGAAACAUUAUCAGGUAAUGGUGGAAGGAGAAAUUGGAAAGGGAAAUGGAGGAAUUGCAGUUGAUGAUAUUAACUUUGACAGCCACAUAACACAGGAAGAAUGCCGAAAAUCAAAUGCUGCAGGGAAUGAAGUAGUUGAAGUAGAACCAGAUAUUAAUCAAACAGGAUUUACUCCUGAUUACCGUGAAAAUGGGGAGCCUUAUAAUGACAACAUUUCCAGAAAGCCAGGCAAUGUGCUGAAAACACUUGACCCCAUUCUCAUCACCAUCAUCGCUAUGAGUGCCCUGGGUGUGCUGCUUGGUGCCAUCUGUGGGGUUAUUCUGUACUGCGCCUGUUGGCACAAUGGGAUGUCCGAUAGAAACUUAUCUGCACUGGAGAACUACAAUUUUGAACUUGUGGAUGGGGUUAAAUUAAAAAAGGAUAAACUGAACACACAGAAUACUUAUUCAGAAGCAUGA